CCUUGGCGGUGCCCCAGGCGGGCUCCGCGCCAGUCCAGGGCCCUGGGCCCGCGGGAAAAGGUGGACAAGUUCUGUUAUUCAAGAGAAGAUGACUUUGAACAGUUUUGAAGGAUCUAAAACUUGUGUGCCUGCAGACAUCAAUAAGGAUGAAGAAUUUGUAGAAGAGUUUAACAGAUUAAAAACUUUUGCUAAUUUCCCAAGUAGUAGUCCUGUUUCUGCAUCAACAUUAGCCCGCGCUGGUUUUCUCUAUACUGGUGAAGGAGACUGUGUGCGGUGCUUUAGCUGUCAUGCAGCAGUAGAUAGAUGGCAGUAUGGAGACUCAGCAGUUGGAAGACACCGGAAAGUAUCCCCAAGUUGUAGAUUUAUUAAUGGCUUUUAUUUUGAAAAUAAUAUUACACCACCUACAAAUUCUGGUGUCCAAAAUGGUCAGUACAAGGCUGAAAACUGUAUGGGAAACAGAAAUCAUUUAGUUGUAGACAGACCAUCUGAGACACAUGCAGAAUACCUUUUGAGAACUGGGCAAGUUGUAGAUCUAUCAGAUACCGUGUAUCCAAGGAACCCUGCCAUGUGUAGUGAAGAGGCUAGACUAAAGUCAUUUCAGAACUGGCCAGAUUACGUCCAUUUAACUCCAAGAGAGUUAGCCAGUGCUGGACUCUACUACACAGGUAUUGAUGACCAAGUGCAGUGCUUCUGUUGUGGUGGAAAACUGAAAAAUUGGGAACCUUGUGAUCGUGCAUGGUCAGAACACAGACGUCACUUUCCUAAUUGCUUCUUUGUUUUGGGCCGUAAUCUUAACAUUCGAAGUGAAUCUGAUGUUGCAAGUUCUGAUAGGAAUUCCCCAAAUUCAACGAAUUCUCCAAGAAGUCCAGCUAUGGCAGAUUAUGAAGCACGAAUCGUUACUUUUGGGACUUGGAUGUACUCGGUUAACAAGGAGCAGCUUGCAAGAGCUGGAUUUUAUGCUUUAGGUGAUGGUGAUAAAGUAAAGUGUUUUCAUUGUGGAGGAGGACUAACUGAAUGGAAGCCCAGUGAAGACCCUUGGGAACAACAUGCAAAAUGGUAUCCCGGGUGUAAAUAUCUGUUGGAGGAGAAGGGGCAGGAAUUUAUAAACAGUAUUCAUUUAGCCCAUUCACAUGGGGAGUCUCUGGCAAGAACUGCUGAAAACAUUUCUUCACUAACUAAAAGAAUUGAUGAUACUGCCUUCCAAAAUCCUAUGGUACAAGAAGCCAUACGAAUGGGGUUCCAUUUCAGUGAUAUCAAGAAAAUAAUGGAGAAAAAAAUUCAGACCUCUGGAAACAACUAUAAAUCACUUGAGGUCUUGGUUGCAGAUCUAAUUAGUGCUCAGAAAAAUAAUGUACAUGAUGAAUCAAGUCAGACUUCCUUGCAAAAAGAUAUUAGUCCUGAAGAGCAACUAAGACUCCUGCAAGAGGAGAAACUUUGUAAAAUCUGUAUGGAUAAAAAUAUUGCUAUAGCUUUUAUUCCUUGUGGACAUCUGGUCACUUGUAAACAAUGUGCUGAAGCAGUUGACAAAUGUCCUAUGUGCUACACAGUCAUUACUUUCAGGCAGAAAAUUUUUAUGUCUUAAAAUGUAACUCUGCAGUAGGCGUGUUAAUGUUCUUAUUACACUGUUUGAAUGUGUAAUGUGAACCCACUUAAAGCAAUCAGCAUUGAAUUUCAUUAGCAUUUGCUACCAAGUAGGAAAAACAUAAACUACAGUGUUAAGAGGUGAUAAUUGAUUUUUUUUAAUUUCUGGAUUUUUCAGAAUAGCCGCUGUAUUAUUUAUCAUUUUUACUGUCAUUUAAUUGAAAUCUAUACUAAGAAAUAUAUUGUAACUGAUCACAAUGUGUAUUUGUAGUACACUGACUUAACAUAGCUUCUGAGUGUAACUGAAUUAAUCAACUGACUUUU